ACGAAUAAUCUGUAAUAAACGGGUUUGAUUGUUUAUUUUCAGGUUUAGUAAAUGCGCGCGUGUUGUGAAGCUUUAUGGCUGGAUUAGAGUGAAUCAUCUUUAGCUAGGCUAGCGAGCGUUACAACGGGUAUGCCUGGUACUAACAGGAGGCCUGAACUGCGUUGUUAAAUCGUUUAAAUAAAAAAGAAAAACACAGUUUUUGUGUCGCAAUGGAGGAAAUUCUAAGAAAGCUUCAGAAGGACGCAUCUGGGAAUAAAUACAAAGCUAUUCGUGAUGCUUGCGGCGUGGCGUAUGAAACCCUGAAUGCUCAAAAUGGAUCGAUCAGAAUGUCACCAUCUAAGCUCAGGGAGAGAUGCCUCUACCCACUUCAGCUCGCUCUGGAGUCCAAAAACCCCAAGCUGGCACAAACUGCUCUUGCAGGAAUGCAGAAGAUUCUGUGUGAGGAUCGCUUUGUUGCCGUGGAAUCAGAAGUGCCAGAAAAGCAGCUGUUGAAUCAAAUGCUGGAGGUUGUAAGCGUGACGCCCUCCCUUCACGAAGACUUGCAGGUUGAGGUCAUGAAGGUUUUGUUGUGUGUCACCUACUCCUCCAGCUUUGAGAUGACUGGAAACAACAUUUUAAAAAUUGCUGAGCUGUGUAUUCAGAUCUACACACCGAGCUGCCAUCAGCGCAGCAUCAACACUGCAGUGAGAGCUACACUCAGUCAGAUACUAGGGGAUCUCACUCUUCAACUGCACCACAGAAAGGACGGCUCGACUGCAGAUGGACUGGAGUCUUCGGUGCCAACAUACCAGCGCAAAGAUGUCUCUCCCACCACAGCAGCUCUAUAUGAUGAUGUGGUGAAUAUUCUCACUUUGUUCUGUGAAAAGCUGGAGUCUGUUCCAAGUGAGAACCAGCUGCUGCAGUUGCUGUAUCUGGAGUGCAUCUUAGCCAUGCUCAGCAACUGCCCUCCCACAAUGCACCUUCACCGCAAAUUCACAGAUCUCGUCUGGAAGCAGCUGUGUCCAGUUCUGGUGGUGAUUAUGGGAAACCCUGUCAAUGACAAGACCAUCACUUCAGCUCAUGGUACUCCAUCACAGGAGGUGGAUGCCACGUCCGGCCCAGGGGUGAGCGAUCAGGGCCGGGGUUCUGGCUGCUCUUCCAGUGCCCCCGCCAUGAUCGGACCCGUGAUCCGCACCAUCUGCUACAUUGCAGCCGAGCUGGUGCGUCUCGUAAGCUGUGUGGAAUCCAUGAAGCCUGUGCUGCAGUCUUUAUACCACCGCAUGCUGCUCUACCCGCCACCACAGCACAGAGUGGAGGCCAUGAAGAUCAUGAAAGAGAUACUUGGAAGUCCACAGCGCUUGUUUGAUCUGGCUGGCCCAUGUGUGCUUGAGCCUGAGCCCAGGAAGAGAUCCUUCACUAAGAGGAAGUCGUAUCUUGACCUGUUUAAGUUGGUGAUGGAUGGCAUGACUGAGGCUUGCAUAAAGGGUGGCGUUGAGGCCUGCUAUUCCUCUGUUUCUUGCGCCUGUGCUCUUCUUGCUGCCCUGGAUGAGCUCAGCCAGGGAAGAGGAUUACAGAUGGACCAGGCACAGCUUUUGCUCCGUCGCUUAGACGAUUUGAAAGAGGGGGCAGAGUUGGAGCUAAACGAGGCUGACUUUUGGAGGCAGCGGCACGUUCUGUCAUCUGAGCGAGCUGCCUGGGAGGCUGGCCUUUCUCAAUGCAGCCCAGAUAUCAGUAUCAGCGUCACUACCGACACAGGACAAACGACUUUGGAAGGGGGUUUGGGCAGAACCACUCCAGAAGAUUGCAUGGAUGAUGCACACCUACCUUCACCAUCCUUUUGUGGGGGCGCAGCAGGGGAGAGUGGCGCUCCACCGGAUGUGGUUCAGCGCAGCCAUGCCCUGGCCUACCCUGACCUGACUAACUUCCUGUCAGUAGAGUCCCGCACACGUUCACAUGGCUCACGCUACAGCGAGAGCAACUUCAGCGUCGAUGAGCAGGAGCUCUCGCGCACAGAAUUCGACUCAUGCGAUCAGUUCUCCACUGCUGCUGAGAAAGACUCUGGGCGGUCGGAUGUCUCUGAUGUGGGCUCAGACAACGGCUCGUUGGCUGACGAUGAGCAGACCCUGAGGCAAGGGCCCGCCCACUGUUCACUACACACCGCUGCGCUCUCACUUAAGCUGCUCAAGAAUCAAGAAGCAGACCAACAAAGUGCACGCCUGUUCGUCCAGUCACUGGCUGCACUUCUACCACGUCUACUCGUCCUGCAAUGCCCCACUGAUGUGGAUGUAGCACUUCAGAACUUCUCCUCCACAUUCUGCUCAGGCUUGCAAGCAGGGGGCAUGCAUUCUCCUGGCUUUGAGGCGAGUGAGAAUUUAAGCUGCCAGGCUCUGAUGAAUGCAGAUGGACUAUACUUGGUGUCUUACUACGCUCUGCUGCUCAACCUCAAACUGUGCACUUGUGACUUCUACCAACAGAAAGUAACUCCUCAUCUUGUCACUUUGAAAGAGUUUGUGCAUCAGAUCCAAAGCAGUGGUGUGCUGGUGGUGCUCUCUCAGGCUUGGAUAGAAGAACUCUUCCACCAAGUGAUAGAGAGGAACCUGCUGGCCGAGGCUGGCUAUUCAGGCUCUCCAGAGGACCACUCACUUCCACUCAUCACUAUGCUCACAGACAUAGACGGCCUUGGCAGCAGUGCUAUUGGAGGUCAGCUGAUCAGACGCGCCACCUCACAGUCUCCUUUUACAAGUGAUAAUACCAACAACGACACUGUGUUGGCAGGUACAGUGUUUGCUCGCUAUAUUCUGAUUGGCUGCUGGAAGAACCUUAUUGACGUAUUGUCCACUCCGCUGACGGGUCGGAUGGCAGGCAACUCACGAGCUCUGGCCUUCAUCAUAGGGGCUGAUGGAGCUAAAGUUCAGAAUCAGAGGGAAAGAGACACUAUCUGCCUCAGCCUGGAUGGUCUGCGUAAGGCUGCCGCACUCAGCUGCGCUCUGGGCGUGGCUGCAAACUGUGCAUCAGCCGUAGCUCAGAUGGCAGCAGCUUCCUGUGUUCCAGAGGAGAAAGAGGAGAAGGAACUGGUUGUGGUUGGAGAUGCUAUUACUCAAGUUAAACAGAGAAUGGAGCAGAAACUGGAGCAGAUAGGUCGUUAUCAGGGAGUGAAGCUGCACACUGCACACAUGCUCUGCAUGGACGCCAUCCUGAAUGUGGGUUUAGAGAUGGGAAGCCACAAUCAUGACUGCUGGCCGCAUGUCUUCAGAGUGGUGGAGUAUGUGAGCUCUCUGGAGCACAGCCACUUCAGUGAUGGAAGUUCUCAGCCUCCUUUGGCCAUUACUCAGACCCAACAGGCUUCAUCGGUGAUGGGGAAUCCGGAGCUGAGCACUGAGUCUAGUCCUGAGCUGGAACUAAGCCUGAGUCACCCAGUCAUCCAGCCUCUCACUAUCCAGGAACUGUUGCGUGAUAACAGCCAAGCAAAAAUUUCUGACCUGCGGAGUGGCGGUGUACUCACAGGAACCAGUGCUGCUAAAGCUGUCUGCACACUCUCCACACAGGCGGACAGGCUGUUUGAAGAUGCAGUGAGCAAACUUAACCUUGUGAGUCUAGUGGGUUUCCUGCACCAACUGAGAAAAGCCUCCCAAUCCCAGCUGUUCAACUCGGACACCGAAACAGGGGACUACUCUUUAGCCAUACCAGGGGAGGCGAAGUCAACGCAGGACAAGCGCACUGCUCUUCAUCUCUUCAGGCUGGGUGAGGCCAUGCUUCGUAUCGUACGCAACAAGAGUCGACCACUUCUGCACAUGAUGAGAGCCUGGAGUGUGGUGGCUCCUCAUCUGGUGGAGGCUGCAUGUCAUAAAGAACGCCAUGUAUCCCAAAAGGCUGUGUCAUUCAUCCAUGAUGUACUGAUGGAGGUACUGAGCAGUUGGGCCGAACUGUCUCACUUUCACUUUAACGAGGCGCUGUUCCGGCCCUUCGAACAUAUCAUGCAGCUGGAGCUCUGUGACGAAGAUGUACAGGACCAGGUGGUCACAUCCAUUGGGGAGCUGGUGGAACUGUGCUCUCCUCAGAUUCAGUCCGGUUGGAGGCCGCUCUUCAGUGCGCUACGCACGGUACAUGGAAGCAAGUGUGACAUGAAGGACUAUCUGAUUGGAGAAUACGCUACUGACAAAUCCCAGGCUCCUGUCUUUGAUGUCUUUGAAGCUUUUAUUAACACAGACAACAUUCAGGUUUUUGCCAAUGCAGCGACUGACUACAUCAUGUGCCUUAUGAAGUUCGUGAAGGGUUUAGGAGAAAUGGACUAUAAGCAGAUAGGAGACUGUGUUCAUGCAAAUGGAUUCAGUUCAACAGACCUGUGCCUUCCAGCCUUGGAUUAUUUAAGAAAGUGCUCACAGCUGCUUGCCAAAAUCUACAAGAUGCCUUUAAAGCCAGUGUUUUUGGGUGCACGGUUGGCCAGCCUGCCCAUGAGAGCCCAGGAGCGCUCUGUAAUCAGUGAUGAUGGAAUGGACUGCGUUCUGUCCGAGUUUGAUGAUGACACAGGUUUGAUCCAGGUGUGGAUUUUGCUGUUAGAGCAGCUUACUGCAGCUGUUUCUAACUGCCCUCGUCAGCACCAGCCACCCACGUUGGAACUGCUGUUCGAGCUGCUCAGAGAAGUCACUAAAACGCCAGGACCAGGCUUUGCCAUUUUUUCAGUUAUCCAGCUUCUCCUUCCUGUCAUGUCACAGUGGCUUCAGCGAAGUCAUGCAGAUUAUUCCUACUGGGAUAUCGCAGCUGCAAACUUUAAGCAUGCCAUUGGCCUAUCUUGUGAGCUGGUGGUGGAGCAUAUUCAAAAUUUCAUUCAUUCAGAUAUGGGCUAUGAGAGUCUUAUUAACCUGAUGCUGAAGGACUUAUUUAAGCUGUUGGUGGCUUGUGUGGCUGAGCCUGCAGAGACCAUCUCCAGAGUGGGCUGUUCCUGUAUCAGGUAUGUGCUGGUGACAGCGGGGCCUGUGUUUACAGAGGAGAUGUGGAGGCUGGCCUGUUGUGCCCUACAAGAUGCCUUUUCAGCUACUCUUGAACCUGUCAAGAACCUACUUGCUUGUUUUCGGAGUGGUUCUGACACUUUCACGGGGGAUGCAUGUGAGGUGAAAGUAGCAGCUCCAACACACUCUGCUUCUGCAGAGGCAGAGUACUUGAGGAUUCGGGCCAUGGCACAACAGGUCUUUAUGUUGGAUACUCAGUGCUCCCCCAAGACUCCCAACAGUAAAGAAGGAUUUGAGCAUGCUCAGUCCUGUGUUCUGAUCAUUGAACUUCCUGCAGACCAGCAGUCCAAUGGCCACACUCAGAAACGGAUUCCAUUCCGGACCAUUGUGGUGAGUCUGCUGUCCCACCAGGUGCUGCUGCAGAAUCUUUAUGACAUCUUGCUAGAAGAGUUUGUCAAAGGCUCGGGCAGCGCAGAUAUGCACGAUCGACUAACACCUGUCUCCGAGCCCAAAGCUGUUGGUUUUCUGCGCUACAUUUCCAUGCAAAACCUGGCCAUCAUCCUGGACUUACUCCUGGAGUCCUACCGCACCGCACGAGACUUUGACACCAGGCCUGGACUGAAAUAUCUCCUUAUGAAGGUGUCAGGGGUGUGUGGAGCUGCUAAUCUCUAUCGUCAAUCUGCAAUGAGCUUCAACAUCUACUUUCAAGCUGUUCUGUGUGCCAUGCUGACCAACCAGGAGCAGAUCACUGUGGAUCAGGUGAAGAAGAUCCUCAGUGAAGAGGAGGAGGAUGGUAGCUCCGAUUCAUCACAAGCAUGCUCAUCUGAGGAUGAGGACAUAUUUGAUGAGACGGCAAGGGUGAGCCCUCCUCGCCGUUGGCGUACCCGCAUGUCUGGUCUGAGCACACAGCCCGUCAGUGGCACAGACUGGGCAUGGCUGCUCAAACGCAUGCACAAGGUCUGCAUGGACCUUUGCACAAACUACAUCCAAAUGCACCAGGACAUGGAAAGCAGCACAGAGGAAUUACCUUCCACUAUCCGGACAGACUCCUUGUUCUUCUUGCCUCUCUUUCCCUCCGAGAGCUCCACCCCUUCUACAGGCGGCCAUUCGGGACAUGGUACACCGUUGGAGGACUGCAGCCCCCGCCUCUAUGUGCCCAGUAUGCCCUCUUUUGAAGAGGAGGAGAGAAGGAGGAAAAAGGAGUGGUGGGAGAAUGCUGGCAACAAGCUCUACACUAUUGCCACUGACAAGACCAUCGCCAAGCUCAUGAUGGAGUACAAGAAACGCAAGCAGCAUCAACAACAGCAGCAGCAUCACAGCUCACUAACCAAGAAAACGGGGGAGAGAAUGACACCAGAAUCACCUGCGCCACAAAGACCCCAGUUGCUGGUUGAUCAGAGGACCAUGAGGCACUCAUUCAGCGCUGGCCCAGAGUUACUACGCCAGGACAAGAGACCUCGCUCAGGCUCUACAGCCAGCUCUCAUAACAUCUCUAUUAGAGACUCGGAGGCUCAGAUUCAAGCAUGGACCAACAUGGUCCUCACAAUGCUCAACCAAAUCCAGUCGUUGCCAGAUGCCACCUUUGUGGCCCUGCAGCCAGCAGUAUUUCCCUGCAUCAGUCAGCUGACGUGUCAUGUGAUCGAUCUCCGAGUGCGUCAAGCAGUGCGAGAGUGGCUGGGACGCGUGGGAAGAGUUUAUGAUAUCGUCCUGUGAGAAGCUUGUAUUUAUUCAAGUUUCUAGUGUACAUCGUUUUUUUGUCGACCCAUCUGAUUGUAAUCCAUUUCCUUUCUUGUAAUAUGACUUGGAAUGUGAUUUUCUUUCUUGUAUUGAGCUUAUUUAUUGCUGUACUCUACUGUAAUCUUUGUAUUCUGUGAUCCUAUUUAUCUGAAUGCUUUGCAGAACAUAUCUAUAUUGCCAUGUUUCCUUUAAAAAAACCAACUCCUCUAUCGAUUUAUGAAGGGCACAAGACCUAUAUCGACACAGCUAAUAGCUGAAUAAAUCUGCCAAAGUGUAUCAAUAGUCUUAAUUAUUACAGUUAACACAGUCAAACCAUUAUUUUUGGGUUAAUAUGGCUACCAGGAAUACACAAUUUGACAGCCAUUCCUGUACUAGCAAAUUUAGUUUUUUUACUGCACAUGAUUCCAUGUUCCUCAACAAAUUUUUUAUAUUAAUUUAGGAGUCACACUGUACAUGCCUGAAUCUGUGCUUGCAGUAGUGUAUGUAUAUUAUGCCUGGUUUUAUUGGUUACAGGGUGAUUGGCUUUUUCUUUUCAUCUGUCGUA